AUGGGGAGUCCAGGCUGUGACCGCGUGGGGCGCACAGUGCACCUUCCCCUGAUGAGUUUCAAUGACUACCCCUACAGUGUGUCUGCCCUGAGGGCCUGGGAGGAGGAGGACACCAAGCCGCCCCGUGGACUGAUAAGUGUGCCUAAACACAUUGUUCCUGAACGUAGCCUGCAAGGAGUCUUCCUGCCCUGCUCCGACAUGCUCCUCACUGAAGACAGCUCGUGGCUGUUGAAGAAGAAAGAGACAGCGCCCCCUGAGCCCCCCUGUAAGCCCCUGGAGCAGUGCCCUGUCAUCGACAGCCAGGGCCUGGGGGUGGGCCUGGGAUUGGGGGUCCCCUCUGGGCUGGAGGGACAGGUGGAGGAACGCUGUCUAGAGCAGGUCCAGAGCAUGGUGUUGGGAGAGGUAAUGAAGGACAUAGAGACCGCCUGCAAGCUGCUCAACAUUACCCCAGGUAAGAAAACUGUUUAACUAUGAAGUUAUUGUGUGCCUAUAAUUUGUUACCAUAUUGUUACCAUGGUAUUAUGGUUAUUAUUACUGUUAUUACUGUGCUGUAAACUAUGCUACCGUAUCAUAUGUUACGUUCUCCAAAAGGGAUAGACAACAUGUCUCCAUCAGUCUCAGGGUCUGUCAUGUUCACCACAGUUGAACAUGGGACCUGUCACUGUCUGUAGAUUGACAGAGAAUAAGGAUAAAAGAGCACUGAGAAAAUAUAACCUUUUGUGCAAUACUCUCACUGUUGAAAUACCCCAUUAUCUACUGUCAGAUCUUACUUAUAUCAAAGCAAACAAAACAGUAAAGGUCACCAUUUACUGUAGGUUGCCCUUUCUUUAUACUGCGACUUUUAUCGUAAUAAAUAGGACUUCUAUGCUAAUAAUAUAUUAUUAUUAUUAUCACUGCAUUGUUGGGAAAGAGCUCUCAAGGUAAGAAUUUCACUGUACUGUUUUACACCUGUUGUAUCCUGUGCACAUGGCGAAUAAACUUCAAAACUUGAAUAAACGUUGAAACUUGAAACUUGAAUACCACUGACGCUGGGCUAAGCGCAAUGACAGAAGUGUCUGUGGCCUCCCCGCCCUGUGCAAAUGGCUCUGUUGACAAUUCAUCAUUUCACAUGCUUCAUUUCACAUGCUCAAUCACUCACUACCUGUCAUUGGGAACACAAAUAUGAGUUCAGAAAUUGCAUACAGUACAAUGUACACUCACACACAUCUCCCCCGUAAAGAUACACCACCCUUCGUUUAAAUGGGUAACCUAUGCAUUUGCAUGAGUGCCAACAGUGCCAUUGUAUGUAACUGUAUAUAUGAUGGAUACAAUUUGCUGUGGAUAAAUGUUUAACAUUGAUUGGUCAAUCAUGAAUCAAAUAAAAUAAAAUUGUAUUUGCCACAUGCGCUGAAUACAACAGGUGUAGACAUUACAGUGAAAUGCUUACUUACAACACUUCAUCGCCUCUGCAGAACCCAUGGAGUGGAACUGUGGGAACGUUCAGAAGUGGCUGCUGUGGACGGAGCACCUGUACAGACUACCCCAGGUGGGCAAGGUGUUCCAUGAGCUCAGUGGGAAGGACCUGUGCUCCAUGACAGAGGAGGACUUCAGGCAGCGCUCAAUGCAGUGUGGAGACCUGCUGUUUGCGCACCUGGACAUCUGGAGAUCAGGUAGGGCAACUGACAACCUUGAACGGAUCCGUUAUUCGGACUGUGGUAUAUAUACACUGAGUGUACAAAACAUUAGGAACACCUUCCUAAUGUUGAGUUGCACCCCCUUUUGCCCUCAGAAUAGCCGAGGCAUGGACUCUACAAGGUGUCGAAAGCAUUCCACGGGGAUGCUGGCCCAUGUUGACUCCAAUGCUUCCCACAGUUGUGUCAAGUUGGCUGGAUGUCCUUUGGGUGGUGGGCCAUUCUUGAUACACAUGGGAAACUGUUGAGCGUGAAAAACCCAGCAGCCUUGCAGUUCUUGACACACUCAAACCGGUGCGCCUGGCACAUACUACCAUACCCCGUUCAAAGGCACUUACAUCUUUUGUCUUGCCCAUUCACCCUCUGAGUGGCACACACACAAUCCAUGUCUCAAUAUUCUCAAGGCUUAAAAAUCCUUCUUUAACCUGUUUCAUCCCCUUCAUCUACACUGAUUGGUGGAUUUAACAUUUGACAUCAAUAAGGGAUCAUAGCUUUCACCUGGAUUCACCUGGUCAGUCUAUGGCAUGGAAAGAGCAGGUGUUCCUAAUGUUUUGUACACUUAGUGUAUAUAAUAUGGCAUGUAUUUCAUUUAUGGUGUGGGUCAUUCCAUUGAAAAGUAUUGAAUGUUUUAUAGCCACAAGCCAAAGGACUACUUGGCUAUUCACUAUAUAGAUUGUGCUAUAGUUUUCAGGUAUUUUCUUAGUCUUAUGUUGAGAUAACAAAAUGUGUAAUCCUGUUCAAUGAUGUUUUUGUCACAGCUGCGUGCAUGAAGGAGUGCUGCACACCAGGAGAUACCAGGUUACAUGAUGCUGAGGAGACGUAUCCAGAGGCUGAUUCCUCCUGCUCAAGCCAGCCCAUCCACCUGUGGCAGUUCCUUAGACAGCUGCUCCUCAAGCCACACAACUAUGGACGAUGCAUCCGCUGGCUCAACAAGGAGAAAGGUGAGUGGGCAGGGGAAAGGUGGGAGAGGGCAGACAGGUGUAUGGUGUACAUGUUAGGGUACACUCCUGGGUUUAAAGGGGCAGUGAAGUCAAAAAUGUGGUUUUCCAGUUUUUUAAAAUGCUAAUUCAACACUACAAGGUCAAAAUAACACUGAAAUUGUGAAAAUGAUGAUUAUGCCCUUUUUGUGUAAGAGCUGCCAAAAAAAAGAACAAGACAAAAGCCUGGAAUUUCAGCCUGUUCAGGUGGGAUAGAGUUUUUGGCCCAGAUCAUGACAUCACAAUCUGAUCUGAUUAUUCUGACCAAUGACCAGUCAUCUUUUAUUUGCAUAUGAUUCCUCCUACUUUGAAAGGGUAAGCUGGGUAGGCUCUAGAUUCAAGACGAUCCUAUGGGCCAAUCAGGGCGGUGUAUAUAAAUAUAUUUACAUUUCUAUAAACAUGCCCACAGGAUCAGACUGAGCAUUUCAAUGGCAAAAGGAGGCUCAGGGAAAUAAAUUAUAAAAAUAUAUUUGGAAUUAUUUUCAUGAAAUAAACACACACAGUGAUUUAUUAGACAUAUAGUGAUGAUUUAAAAAUAAAAAGACUGCAUGGGGGUUUUAAGGCUGAGGGUGUCCUAAAAUGUACACUGUAAGGGUGAGAGAAUUUGGCCAUGGGAGCUGACUUGGGUUAUUUGGGGCUUAUUGUCCAUUGGUUGCUGAAAAAGGUGAAAUGUUCCAUCUCUUGCAUUCUAUUUUUCCUAUAUUCAUCAGGUAUCUUCAAAAUUGAAAACUCGGCUCAUGUGGCCAGGUUAUGGGGCCUCAGGAAGAACCGUCCAGCUAUGAACUAUGACAAGCUGAGUCGCUCUAUCCGACAGUACUACAAGAAGGGUAUCAUCCGCAAACCUGAUGUGUCCCAGAGACUGGUCUAUCAGUUUGUCCACCCUGUAUGA